CAGAGUGCGGGUCAGAGUCAAGUUGAUCGGUCUCGUUGUAAACAUGAGCUCCGCGUGUUGUGUGCUGGGGCUCGGGCUGUUGUUGUCGUGUGCAGCCAGAGGUUUCCCUCAGGCCGCAGGAGGAGCAGGAGGAGCAGGGGGGAGCAGGGAGUUCUUCCGCAGGGAUGUGGAGCCACAGAGUUUCCAGAGGUCCGAGCUCUCUAAACGCAGCGCGGGACUGAAUGAACAGAGCUGCACGGCUCUGCCUGGAGGAGACCCAACCCUGAGCAACAACACCCACACUUUCACCUUCAAAGUGCGAACCAUGGGUUCACUGUCGCUGGCCUGGGUGGGAGAUGGAUCAGGGGUGCUGCUGGUCCUGACAACCUUUCAGGUGCCGUUGUUCAUGAUGCUCUUCGGUCAGUCUAACCUCUACAGGAGUGAAGACUAUGGGAAAACCUUUGAAGAUGUGACUCACCUGAUCAACCAUACCUUCAUCCAGACUGAGUUUGGCAUCGGCAUCAGUCCCGACCACUCUGGGAAGGUGAUCCUGACUGGAGACGUGUCAGAGAUCGGCGGGUUUCAACUGUUUCGCUCGCUGGACUUUGGCCUCACCUUUGUCCCGACAGAUCUGCCAUUUGAGCCCCUCAUUCAGAUGCUGUACAACCCUGGAGACUGCAACGUACUUCUGACUCUCAGUAUCACGAUGGACCUGUGGCUGUCUGAGGACUUUGGCGCCACCUGGAGGAAAAUCCAUGACAGUGUGUGUUUGGUCAGAUGGGGUCCAAAAAACAGCGUCUAUUUUACAACUAACUACAACGGAUCAUGCAAUGAGAAAGGAAUGCUGGAGUUAAGGAAGACAUCAGAUUAUGGCCGAAGUUUCCAGACAAUCGCAACAAGAAUUUACUCCUUUGUCCUGGGAGGAAAAUUUGUUUUUGCUUCCAUCAUGACAGGCACAGGUACAGAGCGUAUGAUCCACGUGUCAGUGGACGGAGGAGAGGUGUGGAACAUGGCUCAGCUUCCCACAGUCAACCACGAGCAGUUCUACUCCAUCCUCUCAGCCAAUCAGGACAUGAUCUUCAUGCACGUGGACGACCCUGGAGACUCUGGUGUUGGAACCAUCUAUGUGUCAGACGACCGAGGAACUGUGUUCUCCAAGUCUCUGGAGCGUCAUCUCUACACAACCACAGGCAGUGACACUGACUUCACCGUCGUUACUUCACUCAGGGGCGUCUACAUGACCAGUGCACUCGCAGAGGAUGGUGCAGUGGAGACAGUGAUCACCUUCAACCAAGGAGCAAGGUGGCAGACGCUGCACAGACCUCAGAACAGCCACUGUGACACUGAGACCAACACUAACAGGCCUAACAGAUGCAGACUCCACAUCCACGCAUCCUACAGCACCACCAUGAAGAUGAACGUCCCCAUGCUGCCGCUCUCACAGCCCAACGCUGUGGGCCUCAUUCUGGCCCACGGCAGUGUUGGAGACGCAGAGUCAGCUCUUUCCCCUGAUGUGUACGUGUCUGAUGAUGGGGGCUACUCGUGGCUGUUGGCCCUCAGGGGCCCUCAUCACUAUGCUAUCCUGGACUCUGGAGGCCUGCUGGUGGCUGUGGAACACACCAACUCACCUGUCAACCAGAUCAAGUUUUCAACAGAUGAAGGGCAAUGCUGGCACACAUACAACUUCACCAGCAACCCUCUUCACUUCAGUGGUAUGGACAGUGAGCCCGGCUCCCGCUCCAUGAACGUCAGCCUGUGGGGCUACAGGAACGACUUCAGUAAAUGGGUGGUGAUCACCAUAGACUUCAGGGAGCUCUUCACCAGAGACUGUACUGAAGGGGACUACGUACAGUGGAUGGCUCACUCUGCAGACCCCAGUGGAUCUAAUGAUGGCUGCGUGCUGGGUUAUAAAGAAACCUUCCUACGCCUGAGGAAAGACUCUGUGUGUUGGAACGGGAGGGACUAUGCUGUCGCUAAGAAGCUGUCCGCCUGUCCAUGUACAGUGGAUGAUUAUCAGUGUGACUUUGGAUAUUACCGACCUGAGAACAGUUCGGAGUGUGUGGAGCAGGAGGAGAUGACAGGCCAUCCCCUGGAGUUCUGUUUAAAUGGGACCACCGAACAGCUACAGACCAGUGGCUACCGGAAGAUUCCAGGAGACCAGUGUGAGGGCGGUUUCCAGCCCGACAGGAAGGAAACGGACUUGAGGAGGCUGUGCACCAGCAACGUCCUUUAUUCAGAUUCUCUGACUGAGACCAGUUCACCAAACGCUGCGGUCAUCGUGAUGGUUGUCUUAUUGAUCCUUCUGACGAGUGGUGUUGCGGGUGUUUGGCUGGUUAAGAAAUAUGUGUGUGGAGGACGGUUUCUUGUGCACCGUUACUCUGUGAUGAGGGAACAUGUGGAAGCGGAUAAGAUUGAGGGAGUAGAUGAUGUCGACACUCACUACAUGGAGACAGGAAAAACGCAGUUCAAUGAAGAUUCAGAUCAGGACCUCUUAGAAUAAGGCUCCUUCAGACUACAUGUCACACAGUCUCUCAUGAUGCCUGGGCAUUCCUGAUGCUCCCACAUGCUGAUUAACAUCUGCUUCUCACUUCUCACUAUCCCCUGGUGGCUGGAGGACUCAGCAGCAGCGGGGGCAACUUCUCACAAUUGCUUCCUUGUACAAGUUGAGGCUUCCACAAAAAGAUGUCAAACCGGUAGUUUGGGGAGGGGGAUAAACCCAGUGUAGACCGGAAGAAAGCCUCUGGGUUCCCCGGAGAGCCUUUGUUGUCUCUGUCACAAAGAGUUGUGUAAAGGCCGUUGAGUCUGAAUAUGUGCUCUGUAUGUUUCCUUUCACGCUGACCUGAGAAGAGACGGCCUUUCACAUUGUGAUGCACUGCAGGAGCACAAUACAGAGACUACGACUUGGAUAAACAGUUACAGAAAAUGUCAUGAAGAGUUAGGGAACAGCCAAGAGAGAGAACAGAAACAAAUCUAGCCAGUAUUUUAGUUGAGAGAUUUUUUCUACUGUCAGUUUUUGUAAAUAUGCAAGAUUCCGUCCUGUUGUGCGUGAUGUGCCAUUUUAACAUACAUUUUGUCAGUUUUGCCAAGAAAACAACUCUAUGCUCAUCAGUUACUUUUCAUGAACUAGUUGUUUAGAAAUCGUCAAUAACGAGAUGAACUUUUCCAACUAACAAAAAUGAUAGUUAAAGCCUCUAACCAAUGUUAUUCUUUAGUUUUCAGUGAAACUUUUGGAAUAAAUGUUAAAAGCCUAACUUUAAUGCAAAUAUAUGACAAGUUUUCAUACAGUGCAGCUCAACACAGCCAAUAUUUUCUCUUCCUCUGUAUGUGUGGUGAAAUGAAAGACUUGAAUUAUUGCCAAAGCACUUUUAUUGUUCAACUUUAAAAACUUUUGAGGGGAAUUUGAACUUUAUCUCAGCGCUGUGUGAGUAUGACGGUAAUGCUAAUGCAAACCCUUUACUUGAACUCUGAUAUUUUUGCUUAACUGGAUGCAUCAACAUGUUGCUGUUGUGUUAUUUUUUUAUUAUGCAUUUGUCUAAUAAUUUUAAAGCAGGUGCAGGCAUAGUUAUCAAGUAAAGAGCCUGUUGGCCUUUCUUCUAUCACUAAUGCGACAGUUACAAUGCUAGUUCACAAUCAGUUAAAUAUUAGCGUCUCCAGAAUAAUAAGGACUCUGCUUUUUAAAGCUAAUAUUUGCCAGUAUUUCAUGUUUUUUGUUAUAGUGGUGCAUCGGAACUAAAGAAUCUGGCAAAUGUGAGGUGGCCAAUUCAAACUUAUUCUGUUCAUUAAAUGAGUUUAUUUCCCUUUAGAUGAGAUACAAUUGGCUACCGUUUAUAUUAUCAAUGUAAGAACUGUAACUUCUGACACAUGCAGGGCUUAUGGCCAAUGCUUGUAUUCUCCA